AUGCCACAAAGCCUGAGGGCAGCAGAUGAAACCUUCUCGGCCGCGGUAGCAUUACUGGAUCAGGAGAAAAUUGCACCGUUGCUGGGAGUCUUGCAAUCCGUCGCCUGUGCGGCUGAUCCGGUCGAAGAGGAGGACGAGGAGGUUUAUCGGGCUUGCCCUCAGCAUGGAAUGCACUCGUUGAAAGCUGCUGGGAGCUGCACAUUUGUUUCGCAGAUCUCUGGAGUGGUGCCUGGGCAAACAUGGCUCUGGGCAGAUGACGAGGAGACUGUUGCGGCUUUCGAUGACGUGGCCGGGACCCUGCUUAACAGGCUGCCCCUUCAUCUGCAAGAUCAACUGAUGCUUUACACAGCAUCAUUCACGAUCGUUGAGGAGAAUGUAUACGAAGACGAUUCGAAGUGGCAUGUGGACUGGCAUGGUAUUCCAAAGGGCUUGUCCUGGACAAUUCUGGUUCCUCUGUGGCCCCUAGAUGAUAAAGAUUGGCGAAAUCUGGGUGGGACGCAGCUCUGUGUGAAUGAGCACAUGCUGCCAAGACCCAAAGCAGUGGCAUCUUGUUCUGCUGCGGCUGCAGAAGCCGUGGCUAAGGAGGCAGCCAUGCAAUUUCCUGAUCUGUGUGCUCGGCAAUGGGCAACCGCAAGCUUUUCGGUGCUCGAGCACGGCUAUCGAUGGGGGGAGUGCCUCCUGUUUGAGGGUCACGUGCUUCAUCGCACCGGACCAUAUCAGGCAACAGCUGCAGCCUGCGAAGAUAACCGCAUGAAACUUUCCUGUUUUGUCAGUUGGACAAGCCAACAAGAAGGGUGCUGGCUUCUCUAA